UUUCAAUUUUCUUACAACCAAAGCAAGUCGCCAGCCAACCGAACUCUAAUGCUCCUCAUUUGCAGAAAGAUUUGUGGCUGGCGUUGGAUCUGUUCUUUCUAUCCUUUUUCUUUUUCACCAUUUCAAUGGUUUCCACUUUGAUGGAAGAUAUAAUUAUUAUGUUAUUAUAAGCCAAUAAUAAAUAGUAAUAAUGCUUCACAAUACAUUGGCACUACAAAUUAUAAAUUAUUUCGUUAACCUGCAUCUAAUCCUUUGCCAUUUUGGUUUCUGCGGUCCAUAGCAUUGCAGCCUCUCUGUAGUAAGAAUCAUAUUCCCCAGCUUGCCAAUGACAACUUUACUGCAGAUUUCUUUCUUUUGCGGCCACUCCAGAUCUCUCUAUAUAAGGAUCCUUCCCACGAAGUUACAAUCUCCAAGCCAGAGUGUUCUUCUUCCCGAUACAGCCCUAAGAGACCAAGCAUACAAAGUAACAGCUAUGAGUUACAAUUUCCCUCUUUUCCAGAGAAGAAGGUCGACCCUAGGAAGCUCCUUCGAAUUCAAGUUCCCCAACCCUGGUGGAUAUUAUUCGUACAAGAGACCCGCUCCAUCUGGGUUCGUGGAGCCACCACCUGCAACUGCAAACCCAUGGAAGCUUGCUGAGACCUCCAGGGAGAGCUUCAAGAAGCCAACUGGGGUGGUGGAGGUUCAUUCUGCAAGCCAGUGGAAAGUCUUCAUUGAUGAUUCCAGGGAGAAUAACAAGUUGUUGGUCAUACAGUUCACUGCAACAUGGUGUGGACCUUGUCGACUCAUGGUGCCUGCCAUGGAGGAAUUUGCUGCUAAAUACACAGAAGUCAUGUUCAUCAAGAUCGACGUUGACAAGUUGCCGUUGGUGGCUCGCCAAUAUGAUGUCCAGAUAAUGCCUGCAUUUGCGCUGAUCAAGACUGGGAAAGAGGUCGAGAAGGUGGCAGGAGUCAAAAAGACCGAACUCCGGAACAAGAUUGAAAAGCAUAGGCUGUAAAGGUCCAAGCAUUCUGACGAACUGACCGAAGAGCCUUUGAACAUGUUUAGAGGCAUACCGCACAGGCAAAAGGAGCAUCAGAAGAAUAAAACUUAGGCCAAUCA